AUGCGAAUGACAAGCUGGUUAAGUACUGAAACAAACUCACCAGUUACUCAUACUCUCAACUUGUCAAGUGGGGCAUAUUUUUGGUUGUAUAACUCUCAGUGUAAAGGACCAAAAGCUUCUCCAUUAAUAAAUCUGACAAACAGAGCAAUAGCAAGUAAUCACUGUGAGAAUAGUUUGGAAAAUUCGGCAAAAGGUUGUGUUUCAAACGACUACCAAGAUGACAUUGUUUCUUCGAGUACAUCUUCUGGUGUUGUUCAGCAGUUAUUACAUUAUCCGAUAUCAUCGCUAUCCUUACCAAACUAUCCAUUGGUUGUUUUUGAAGACCCUGUGCAAAGAAGAUAUGACUUAGUUCACUGUUCAAAACUGCGUCGAGGUGACGGAAAUGAUGUGACUCCAAAUUUAAUGCGAUUACGUUCUAUGGGCGAAGAACUUGUCCAUCUGAAUAGACAUAUAUCAGCUCAAGGUGAAUUAAUUUCUGCUGGAGCAAUGAAAAUUAUUGAUCAUUCGGAUAUGAACAUCGAUUUGAAACUAAUUCAGGAUAUUUCUGGCUGUAUUUCAAACACAAAAGUUAUUGAACAGGCCAAACGCGAGAAAAACAAAUUAGCUAGCAAAAUCUGUCGCCUUAAGAAAAAAGCAUUCCAUGAAGCCAACAAAAUAAAAUAUCUUGGAUUAGAAAUCGAAUACAAUUUUACGAAUCUAUUUUAA